CUGCGGGGCCGCGAGGCCUGGAGACCGAGCGAGUGAGCCGCUCGCGCCCCGAGGCCGCGGGCCGUGGGGCGCGCGUCUCUUCUCCAGCCAUGGGGUCGGCGGCGCUGGAGAUUCUCGGCUUGGUGCUGUGCCUGGUGGGCUGGGUGGGCCUCAUCCUGGCGUGCGGGCUCCCCAUGUGGCAGGUGACGGCCUUCCUGGACCACAACAUCGUGACGGCGCAGACCACCUGGAAGGGGCUGUGGAUGUCGUGCGUGGUGCAGAGCACCGGCCACAUGCAGUGCAAAGUGUACGACUCGGUGCUGGCGCUGAGCCCCGAGGUGCAGGCGGCGCGCGCGCUCACCGUGGGCGCCGCGCUGCUGGCGCUCAUCGCGCUCUUCGUGACCCUGGCGGGCGCCCAGUGCACCACCUGCGUGGCCCCCGGCCCGGCCAAGGCGCGCGUGGCCCUCACGGGCGGCGCGCUCUACGCGCUCUGCGGGCUGCUGGCGCUGGUGCCGCUCUGCUGGUUCGCCAACAUCGUGGUCCGCGAGUUCUACGACCCGACCGUGCCCAUGUCUCAGAAGUACGAGCUGGGCGCCGCGCUCUACAUCGGCUGGGCCGCCUCGGCGCUGCUCAUGUGCGGCGGCGGCCUCGUGUGCUGCGGCGCCUGGGUCUGCACCGGCCGCCCCGAUUUCAGCUUCCCGGUGAAGUACUCGGCGUCGCGGCGGCCGACGGCCACCGGCGACUACGACAAGAAGAACUACGUCUGAGGCGGGGCCGCGAGAGGGAGGACCGGCCGGGGCAUCGGCCUCCGCUGGGGUGUGCCGCGCGCCGGCUCCGCGGAGCUCGGGGCUCCGCGCCCACACUGGACUGGUCAGCGGCCCGCCCUCUCCCGCCGCCUGGCCAGCACCCUGCCCCGCAACGGCGAUGCGCGCCCGGGAGGACUCGCGCGGUGAUUUUCCCGCGCGGUGCUGGCCCCACCACGUGGGCAGGGCGCGCGUUCCUUCGGCUGUGUGGGCGCUGGACUGGAGAUGCCCGCUCCCUCCCCAGGGGCUCCACACUUCAGAGGGACAGAGUGAGCCCAGGGGCCCCAGCUUGGACUGCCAGAGGGACGUUUACACCCAUGGGCUGGACCUCCGUCUCACCCCCCGGACUUUGCCAGGCGAGGCUUACAGACCCCAGACCCUGGGUGUGGGGCCGCGGCCCUGCCCACCUCCGCAGCCUGUAGGGGAGCAAGUCUUAGUAAAUGGUUUGGAU